AUUCGCGCGUGUUGUUCUUGGUUGUUACUGUGCUGUCCGAGCGAUUUCGUUCGAACAGUACGUGUCGCGAGUGGGUUUUAAAUAAACAAAGUUCUAACCGAGGUUCGUUGAUGUCGACAUCGAACGAUGCGAAGGAGAUUUCGAGGGUGAAUUAAAAGUGCAUCGGACGACGCCCUUCUUGUGUUCCGCGUUACCCGCGGCAGCUGCGGUGCGUUUUAAUAAUACGAAUACACACCGUAGCGUUUCUUCCUUCUCUUCGUGUUGUUAUUAAUAUUAUUAUUAUUAUAAAUAUUUUCCUUCAAGGAGCCUUGAAUUAGGGAAUACCGAAGGGAAUAGAAAUACGGUAAGUGGGGUAGGACGCUGUAAUAUCGCCGGUUCUCUCGACGCGUGCUUACUUACCCCUCUGUUUACCGUAUAGUUUCGGGCGCGACAGACGGUCGCAAGUGUAUUCGCGGAUGUGUUGUGUUUGUGAUUUUGUGUGUGCGUGCGUGCAUUACUAGCUUUCUAGUAACUGAUCCUCGCCCCAUUGUUACUGCCAAAUUCCCCUACUUGACCCGGUGUUGUACAGUUGAUUAUAAUUAUUUGUCAUUCCAUUAAACCAGCGAGUUGUUUCAAACGCUACCGAAAUUAAGUGUCAGAUUGUGCGGUUUGUUUAUUUUUUCAUCGAGUACUGACCCGAUGUUUAAUGUAUUAUACUUACGUAUAUUGUGGAUCCAGGAGUUGAAAACAACGUUGAGGAAGUAAAGUGAACGACCGUUUCUCAAAACCUAUUUAUCGUUCUUCGUUUCUGUGAAAGUUUUUCAAAAAUAUACUUCGCGCGGUUUUCGGCAGUCAUAUAUCUCAUCUGUCAGUGCCGAGUCGAGUGCCUGUGUAAACCGUACGACUGUCGAGUGUGAAACUAUGCAGGACGAAUAAACAACACAACAUCGCCGAUGAGGUUGAAUCUAGUCUAGAUUCGCGGCAACGCCGGCCACGAACUACGCGAAUAGGCUAGGCGCUCUACUCGAUUCUACGAAGGAUGGAUCGAGGACCUGAAUAACUCAAGUGCAGUUGCAGACGUCAGAGUUCUGUUUGAUAUUUCAAUAUGAAUGGAAUAAUGCAUUUUGACGGUGGUUGGCUGGAUCUGGUGGACGACGCCGGGCGUCGCUACGACGUCCUGUAACGUAGAGAGGGAGGGAAGGAAGCAGGGAACUACGCCUGCAUCAGAGGCUUCCGGUGUACUGCGGAAACGGAAAGGGAAUCGAAGAGAAGCCCUAUGAUGACGCUUUCGGCCAUCAACGACAGUUAAUCCCGGAGCUCGUCUUCGCCCGCUCGCUUCUUCCAAUCCUCCUCUUCUCCAUCCUCUCCAACCUUCCAGGAUGUACAUCUUCGCAGUCUUCUUCAUGGCCGUGGCUCUAGUCGCCGUGACAUUUGCCUGGCCCCAGGAAUCGGUGCCGCGGAUCCACAUCAAACACCACGACAUGGGGCAGAAAUUCCUGGGAAAUGAGAGCCACGUGGAACACUUUAAGCUGUUGGAACGGACGGGGACUUCCAUGUUGAUCGGUGCCAGGAACACCAUUUACAACAUCAGUCUUCACAACCUGGCGGAAAUACCGGAUCAGAGAGUGCAGUGGCCCAGCAGUGACACGCAUCGAGAGCUCUGCUGUCUGAAGGGGCGCAGCGAAGACGAGUGUCAAAAUUAUGUACGGGUAUUCGGCAGGUACAGUCCGGACAAGUUCAUCGCCUGCGGUACCAACGCCUACAACCCUCAGUGCAUGCACUUCGGUUUUCAGAACGGCGUUCACGUGCCCGAAAAAGACACCGUCGAGGGCCGAGGACUCUGCCCCUACGACCCGGAGCACAACAGCACGGCCGUAUUUGCCGGUGGGCAACUUUACGCUGCAACGGUGGCUGAUUUCUCAGGUGGCGAACCUCUGAUAUACAGAUUACCGAUCCGGACCGAACGUUCGGACUUGAACCAGCUGAACGGACCGAAUUUCGUCAGCUCAUUAGCCUACGACGACUACGUUUUCUUCUUCUAUCGCGAAACCGCCGUCGAGUACAUGAACUGCGGAAAGGCGGUGUAUUCGCGAGUCGGCAGAGUCUGCAGACACGACAAAGGCGGUCCCCAUGCUUUUAGCGACAGAUGGACGAGCUUCCUAAAAGCGAGACUGAACUGCUCUGUCCCCGGCGACUAUCCCUUCUACUUCAACGAGAUACAAUCUACGAGCGACGUGACGGAGGGUAUUUAUGCCGGGGAACAAACUCAAUUGAUCUACGGUGUGUUUACAACCCCCGUGAAUUCGAUCGGUGGAUCAGCAGUCUGCGCGUUCACAAUGCGAAGUGUCUUAGAGGUCUUCCAGGGGGCCUUCAAGGAACAGGAAACCAUCAACAGCAACUGGCUUCGCGUUGUUCCAGAAAAGGUACCCGAGCCCAGGCCUGGAGCCUGCGUAAACGACUCGAGAACCCUGCCUGACGUCACCGUCAACUUCGUCAAGGCCCAUCCCCUAAUGGACGAGGCGGUUCAACCCUUCUUCUCGCUUCCGGUUAUCACUAAAGUUAGCUUCAACUAUAGGUUUACCAAAAUCGCCGUCGAUCCUCAGGUCAAGGCGCUCGACGGCAAGGCUUACGAUAUUCUCUACAUAGGGACAGACGAAGGCAGAGUCCUCAAAGCGUUGAACACUCAGGCUGUAAACACCCGUGAAAAAGUCGCCCAAGUCAUCGUCAGUGACGUCCAAGUCCUGAAAUACGGCCAGCCGGUGAAGGACUUGCAGAUCGUCCACCUGGCAGGUGAGGCGAGUAAACUGGUUGUAAUCGCUGACUCGGAGAUCCGAGCUAUUCCGCUUCACUACUGCGAUAACUCGGCAGCAAAUUCUUGCGCUUCCUGCGUUGGUCUUCAGGAUCCCCAUUGCGCCUGGGACGCGAUGACGAAGCGCUGCGUUGCCGUGCCGAACAAACUGCACGACAACGACGCGGCGAAGACAUCCUUCCAGGAUAUCGCCACCGGAAAGCACAAAGGGUGCGGAUACGAUCAGGAGUUGGCGAAACCCGCGCAACCGGUGGUUCCGCCACGUGCCGGGUGUUGCGAGCAGCCCGACGAACGUGACAACGAAAUAGUCAUCGAGUUGGAUCGAGAAAAUCAGUACAGUCGUACUCAACCCAGAGCCAAUGAACCCCAAGGUGUUAUCGUGACGCCGGUAGUUUAUUCGGCGCAGACGUUGACGGGCGCGUUACUGGGAACAUGCCUGUUUUCCCUGCUGGCCGGUUUCGCGUCGGGUUUCUGGUUUUCCCAGAGAUUACGAGGCACGGGUUACCCGGAUCCGCCGGAGCAGCGACAGCAGCUGAAUCGGUUGACGGAGGGUCCGGAGUCACCGGGCUACAACAACAAGUCUAUAAACCUCGUGCUGAACGUACCGCCGAAGAACCCGAACGGAAAGAACGCGAACUCGUCGGCGGAGAACAAGCCGAUGCAGAAGGUGAAGAAGACCUACAUAUGAUACAGGAAGAGGCAGCCCGUCUGAGCCCUAAGUAAUCGCCUGAUGGACUCGAGCUCGUCCGAAACCGGAACCGAAUCCGGCGGAACCAAGAAGCCCUCGUCGUCGAGCAUCAACAGGCGGUCUUCCUCGGGCGAUACGACAACGGCCGCACCGACGUCUUCGACUUCCGUAACCGUCGUCACUUCCGGGGGUAGGAAAAAGAGGAAGAGGACAAAGCAGCCGGCCUGCGGUAAGAGGGACCGGAACUUCUUGGAGACUUUAUCGCCGACGGAGACGCGGCUCGGCGCUGUUAGAGAUCCGUCUGUCGGCUCUAACCGCGAUCACUACAUGAUAGCCACCCUGGGCCAUCAGGGCGACGAGGGCUCGAUGUUCAACCCGCAAUUUUUACCGAACUUCAACGACAUGGUGAAGUGCAUUGCUCAGUACGAGGCGAAGAACGGACGAGUUAAUAUUCCCGAGACGAUGUUCGCCGACGAAGAAGAAAAAGAAGAAGAGAGCGAAGAAGGAGUCGAGCGGAUGUAUCGUUGGGACGAUUCCGGGGGUGACAAGGAGGGCGAUCGCGGUUUUUACCAACGUCGGAAAAAACCGCUACAACCGUCGUGCGGCGACGAACUCGUCGCGAAUUAUCCUCAGCUGAGGAUCUGCCUCCAGGACGAAGACGCCCUUGAAUCGCAGUCCGAAUGCUCAACGGCCGAACUUCAGAUUCGAGGCUUCUUGGGUAACAGCGACAACGACGACGUAAAUGACGAUCGCCAGAGCACAGCUUCUAGGUACAAUUUGGACCGUUCGACGUCACGGGAUAACGAUGAUGUCAUGAUGAUGACGAUGAUGAUGAUGAUUCGCGACGAGGCGAGAAAUUGAUUAGGAAUACCGCGGGCGUUCUCGCUUGUUGUUGUUCGUUAAUUUUAUUUUUUUUUUCUUCUCAAUUUACGUAAAACGUUUCAUUCGGUUUCGACCGAUAUGCUCGUUUCGGUAAAACCGAAUAAUUUUUACCGAAAAUUCUCGACCGUACGUUUUCUUUUUCUCUUAUCAUUCGCAUACUUCGGAUGCGAUGUGAAAUUGAAUUCGGCAAAUGUGUAGUCUGGCAACUGCACGGGUUUCCAAUUUUUUUACAAUGGUACGUCAGGAUUUUCAUUAUACGAUUAUGCAGAACAGGGAACAAUCUGAUCACCUUAUCUCACGGAGUCUUAAUGAAACCAAAAAAAAAAAAAAAGCCGAUUUUGAUAUAAAUAACGAUAUGUGUUUUACGUGAAAACGAAAAAGUAAGCAAGCAUGUGCCAAAUGAUUCGUUAGAAAGUCAAUUUUACUUUAACUUGUACUUUGGGUAAUUUGGUUUUUUGCUGUUUUUUCUUUUUUUUUUUUUUUCAAUUCACCUUUCACGGUAACGAGGCUCGGGAUGUUUUAGAACGAAACGGAAACGGUGAAAAAAAAAAGAAAAAAAAAAUGGGAAAACCGAUGUAACGGAAGUAACAGAAACCUGUGCGGUAUCCGGACUACCCGUAUACGAGUAAACGAUAAUAAAAUAAGGGUGAGAAAGAAAACGAAAUCGUCUGAACGUGAAUACGUUGUACGUGUAAUAAAUAAAGACAGAUGCCCGGAGAGACAGUCUCUACGUAGUAAUACCAAUGUACGGAGAAGGCGUAGUAGAUUAUAUCGUGUAAGUAUUGGGAAAAAAAAAAAAAAAAUGUGAUACAAUGGAGAACUGUGUUCGCGUUUAGUGCCGGCUGCCCCCCCCCCCCCCCCGCCCCCCCCCGCCCCCCACUCUGCCACCGCCACCCCCGUGUUGUUAUUCUAGUUAACGUAUGAAUAAAACGACGAGAGAAGAGGAUGACGACGACGACGACGAUAAUUGUACAGCGCUAACAAAAGAAAGGAAUGAAAGAAAGAAAGAAAAAAAGAAAUAGAUUUAGUGUGACAGUGAAUGAAAGUAAAACGGAGAGUGAGAAUGAGAGAGAGAGAGUUUUAGAAAAAAUUACGAAUAUUAUGUUGAGUAGUACUUAAGCAUUCGCAGCAAACGAGGCGUGCCUUCCGUAAUAACCUUUAUGUAUAUUUCUCGUGAGUUUGUACGAUGCGACGAAGAGA